UGAGUCCCAAUUCUCACCUAUUUAUACUCAUACUCAUGCUUCCUAGCUGCUCACACCACUUACUAGUUACUUCUCUUGGAUUUUCAUCAUAAAUACUUACUUGCACACCCAACUUCAUGGCUACUUUUAGAAUUAUCACCAUCGCUGCUCCCACAUUGAGCAUGAGCAUCAGGAAUGGCAAUGUCCUUCUUGCCACCACUAAUCCAAAUGAUCCCAAUCAGGAAUGGUACAAAGACGAGAAAUAUGCGCAAGGCACGACGGACCAAUACCGCAAUGCCUUUGCCCUUGUUAAUAAGGGUACUGGUCAGGCCAUGAAACAUGCUACUGGACAUGCUCAACCUGUGGAGCUAGUUCCUUUCAAUCCAAAUAGUACUUUGGAUGAGUCUUUGUUGUGGACCAAAGGAGUUGACGGGGCUGAAGUUAACAGUCCGAUCUGGAUGCUGAAUAAUCUUGAGCUCGCUCUGGAUGCUGAAGCGGCGAAUACUAAACCACUUGAUGGCACUUUAAUCAAGAUGUGGAAGUGGAAUGGUGGAGUUAACCAGCUAUGGAGCUUUGUCCCCAACCUUACCACGGCUACUGUUAGAAUACUCACCUUGGCUGAUCCCAAGUACAGUAUGAGCAUUAGGGAUGGCAAGGCUAUUCUUGCUACAACUAACCCCAGUGAUCCCAAUCAGGAAUGGUACAAAAAUGAGAAAUACGCACAUGGUGUGCAGGACGAAAUCGGCCGCAAAGCCUUUGCACUGGUUAAUAAGGGUACUGGUCAGGCCAUAAAACAUGCUACUGGACCAUACCAACCAGUGGAGCUAGUUGCUUUCAACCCGAGUUCUGUGGAUAAGUCUCUAUUUUGGACCAAAGGAACUAAUUGGGUUCAAGGUAACAGUCCGAUCUGGAUGCUGAAUAAUCUUGAGCUAGCUUUGGAUGCUGAAGCGGCGAAUACUAAGCCAUUUGAUGGUACUUUAAUCAAGAUGUGGAAGUGGAAUGGUGGAGUUAACCAGCUUUGGAGUAUUGUGCCCUACUAAAUGUAGGAUGACAGGGGAGCAGUUGUCGUGGUGUUUCCAUUUCAAGAAGCUUUAUGCUAUUUCCCUUUUAUAUCGACGUGUGCUGCUGUGCAGUGUCUCUCUGUUAUGUCAAAAUAAAAUCUUCAUACAUAGUUGUUACUAUGUCUAGGCUGUCGUUUAUGUUUUGGAGUUAAUAAUCAUUUGUAUGGCUUUUUUAUGUUAUGUAUUCCACGACAAUAUGUAAUCGCUCUCCCCAAAUAAAUUGGUAAUCUUAUCUAUAAUGUGCACUA